AUGGAUGAGCCAACACAUGUAAUCGAUCCUGAUGGCGAGGUUAUCAUCGUCUUGAAAGACGCGAAUUUGCCAUUCGCAGUUUGGCCAGAUGAGGGGCCAGCCGAUGAACAAAGCUUGCAGCAAUCUGAGACUGGGAAAGAGACAGAAGAACAAUGCUUCCGUAUCAAGGUAUCCGCAAAGCAUCUCGCAUCGCCUGUAUUCAAAGCCUGUCUCUUGGGGGGCUGGAACGAAAGCAGCACUUUUCUUGAAAAUGGAUCUACCACGCUCACUGUGUCUGGCUGGGACCUUGAGGCCUUCUUGAUUGUUAUGCGGAUAAUACAUAACCAGAAUAACCAGCUACCGCGCAGGGUCAGUCUUGAACUCUUCGCCAAAAUCACUGUCAUUGUGGACUACUAUAAGUGCAAAGAUGCAAUAGCAUUCUUUUCUGAUAUCUGGCUUGAUGAUCUGGAAAGCAAGUCGGAUUUGCAUCUUGCCGGCGCCUUCUCCCGAGACCAUAUGCUGUGGAUGUGGGUAUCCUGGGUGUUUAGACGCGAUGGAAUUUUCAGACGAUCUACUGCUGUUGCUCUCAAAUAUAGCAAGAUUCAUAUAUCGAGUCUUGGGCUUCCCCUCUCAACAAAACUAAUUUAUCAAUUAAAUGUGGACCGAGAAAGGGGUAUUGAAUAA